AAUCAACUCGAUCAAGAUGACCAGCGAUGGUGCUGUUGAACUGGAGGAGCUGGACGACGUCGACUUAAUCUCUAUACAGAAGGUAGACGCUCUGCGGCUCAUGAGUGCCGAUUCCUAUACGUGAAGAGACCUUCAUGCGGCAAGAUAAAGAGACCACCAUCGAUAUCAAUGAUGCAUUUGGGACACCACAGAAGAAAAAUAAACAUGUUCUGAAGAAAGGCAUGUUGUUUGAUGAUGUGCAAGCUGCUAAAAAAUUUUACAAAGAAUAUGCACACGAUCUCGGUUUCUCUGUUAGGACGGGCCAACAGAAAUUAGAUGAUAAUGGAGUGGUUAUGUGGAAGCGAUUCCUGUGUGCAAGGGAAGGAUAUAAAACAGAAAAAGAAGUAGGUUCCAGUGGUUCAUCAUCAAAAGGUUGCAGAAGUAGAGAGUCAAAGAUGUGGAUGUCAAGCUUAUAUUUAUGUUAAGCGCACUUCAGAAGGCAAGUAUAUCAUUGCAGCACUAUUUGAGGGACAUAACCAUGCCUUUAUGACACCUAGCAAACAUCACCUCCUUCGAUCCAACCGUUAUGUCAGUGAGAAGGCAAAAACUACUCUUUUCAAUUGUCACAAGUCUAGCAUUGGAACAUCACAAGCUUACAUAUUACUUCAAGUUGGUGCAGGGGGUUUUGAGUAUGUUGGAUGCACAAAAAAGGAUUUGCAGAAUUACUACAGUGAUUUCAGGAACAAAAUAAAGGACGCAGAUGCUCAUAUGUUUAUUGAGAAUUUACGUACACUCAAGGAUUUGGACCCUAAUUUCUUCUUUGAAUAUGAAGUGAAGGAUGGUCGGUUGUUUCGAGUG